AUGGACACGAGCCUGCCUGACACGCGUUCGGAAAACUCGGCUCUGAGAUGCAGUGAGCGGCCGCGGCGCCGGAUCAUUCCGCGCCGGAAACCGUCAGCCGGAGACCGUCAGCCGGAGACCGUCAGCCGCCGGAGACCGUCAGCCGCCGGAGACCGUCAGCCGGAGACCGUCAGCCGCCGGAGACCGUCAGCCGCCGGAGACCGUCAGCCGCCGGAGACCGUCAGCCGGAGACCGUCAGCCGGAGACCGUCAGCCGGAGACCGUCAGCCGCCGGAGACCGUCAGCCGCCGGAGACCGUCAGCCGGAGACCGUCAGCCGGAGACCGUCAGCCGGAGACCGUCAGCCGCCGGAGACCGUCAGCCGGAGACCGUCAGCCGCCGGAGACCGUCAGCCGCCGGAGACCGUCAGCCGCCGGAGACCGUCAGCCGGAGACCGUCAGCCGCCGGAGACCGUCAGCCGGAGACCGGUCCGCCUGAUGGAACUGGGGAUCCCGCGCUGCUUCUACGCCUGGACCUGGCAGUAUCUAAGAGACCGGCGAGCGCGAGUGGAGUUCCAGAGCGCAACUAGCGGCGAGCGGGUGUACAGGGCGGGCCUGCCUCAGGGCAGCGUCCUGUCCCCGGCCCUGUUCUUGUUAUGGGCCGCCCCACUCGCCGCGGAACUCCAGAAGACCCCUGGCACCACGGCGUUCCUCUAUGCCGACGACACUGCGGCCCUGUGCUCGGGCAACAACAUCGAGGUCGCCAAACUACGUGCACAACAGGCAGCGGACGCGCUCGUCAAGUGGGCCCGCGCUUCCAAGAUGGUGGUUGCCGGCCAGAAGACUCAGGCGCUGGUCCUGUCGCAGUGGGCCCGGGACGCCGUCAACUGCUCCGUCCAAGUGGCAGGGGAGACGGUCGUCGCGGGCGACCAGCUGAAGCUGCUUGGAGUCACACUGGACCGACUGCUCCACUUCGGAGCCCACUGUCGCAGCCUCCGCCAGCGCGUGCGACCUCGAACCAACCAACUCAGACUGCUGACCGGGCGUGAGUGGGGGCUGGAAGAGCGCCAGCUGCGCAUCGUCGCCUCCGGCUACAUCCGCGGCGCACUGGAACACGCCGCCGCCGCCUGGCUCCCAGCUGCGUCACCGUCCCAUAUCAUGCUGCUGGAGAGGGAGAUGCGCGAGGCCGCCAGAGUGGUAACCGGCUGCCCCCGGUCCACUCCAGCACACGCCGUAAUGGCGGAGGCGGGCCUCGCCCCGGUGGCCGAGCGACGCACGGCCCUGGCGGCGCGCCUACUGGCCAAGGCGCGCGCCCUCCCGGCUGGAGACCCGCUGCGGAAGGUGGCGGAGAGCCAGGUCCCCACCCGCCUCAGCACCGUGACAGGGUGGAGAGGAGUGGGCGAGGAGACAUGGAGAGCGGCGGGCAUCUGCCCUCCGAUCGAGCCCAUCCUCCCCCUGCCGGACCCACCAUGGGAACCGUCACCAACGGUUUCCUUCAGCCUCGACAUAGGAGCCGCCAUCCCAACCGCGGCCAGCGACACCUGGAAGAGAAAUGCGGCAUCCCAGCACCUGGCGGCGCUCCCGCAGUGCGCCACCUGGGUGUGGACCGACGGCUCGGCCACCGACGGCGUCCUGAACGGUGGCGCCGGAGCCCUGAUCGUGUGGCCGGACGGAGAGGAACGUUCGGUCCGCGCCCCGGCGGGCCGCCUGUGUUCAAGCUUCCGGGCUGAAAUGGUCGCCCUCCGGACCGCCCUCUCGUUCCUUCUGGAGAACCCGCUUCACGCAGACGACCCCGUAGUAAUCUGCACAGACUCACAGUCCGCCCUCGCCGCACUCCGAGAGGGCCCGGCCGCCCAGCACUCCCCGCUGGGAGGGGCCAUCUGGAGAGCCCUCCGGGGCCUGACGGCGGGAGGCCGGCAGGUCCACCUGCAAUGGGUGCCCUCGCACUGCGGACUGGAGGGGAAUGAGAGGGUGGACUCGAUCGCCAAGGAGGCCAGCAAUCUCGCCCAGGACCAAGCCCCCAUCGACGUCCAGACGGCCCACCGGGCCGCCGCCAGAGCGGACAUCCCCCAGCAUGUCCUCCUGCGCUGCCCGGCCCUGAUGGCCACCCGACACCGACUGCUGGGAUCCAUCAACCCCGACCUUGAAGAGGUGCGGAGCGGCGCCAUCGUGGCGGCCCUGGGGGCCGCCCACAGGUCCCUACAGAGCCGGACGGCUACGUCUCAGCUGUGA